GGUGACACAGGUACAGUGGGGCUGCAGAGGGAGGAGUAGCUCCUCUCUGUGGGCAACUGUGGCAAAGGAGAACAAGGGGUGCAUGCAGCCACUGGGAUAAACAGACUGGAGAGGGCAUGGGAGAAAGGGGCGGAGCACGCUGGAGAGGGAUGGACCACAAUGGGGAGGAAUGGAGCAUGUUGGAGAGAGUUGAAGCAUGAGGACAAAGAAGGAGUGUGAUGGAGAAAAUGGACCAUGUGGAAGAGGAAUGGAGCAUGCGGAAGAGAGAUGGAGCAUACUGAAGAAGAAUGGGCUGUGAGAGUGAGCAGCUGAGCAUGAUGGAGAAGGGUGGACCACGGUGUUGAAAGAGGAUGGACCACAAUGGAGAAGAAUGGAGAAUGAGAGCAAGAAUGGACAAGGAUGGACCAAAAUGAAGAAAGAUGGAUCAUGACAAAGAGGCAUGCAGCAUGAGGGUGAGCUGUAGAACAUAAGACCAUGAAAGAAAGCCAGAAGGUGAUGAAGCACUGGGAGCAUCAGUCUGCCUGGAAGCGUGCUGGGGGGGCUCAGGGUGCAGUCCGAGGUGUACUGGAGAACAGAACCCAGCCUGAACGCCAGCCCAGCCCCUCUGAAUAACGCAACAUCAAGGUAUUGAUCAGCCCCCUACACUUUGUCCUCUUUCUGGAGCAGCAGCCGCUGUUGCUUCAGUCCUGCACGAGUCAGGCUGACACUGACCCAGCUCGGCCCAGUGAUAAGUUGGGUCAGGUUUUUUUUUUUGCUGUUUAGAGAGAAAAUAAAGUGCUUGUGGGGAGCAGGAGCCAAGCUCCCCAGUGCCUAAAACAGCAAUCGCAGCACUUCCUUGGAUUUAUGGUGUUUGCUUUCACAAUGCCAGCCGGGAUCCUGUUUGCUUCCUGCUCUGCAGCUGCAGCCUGAGCUGAAGGCUCAGGAGAUUCGGGUUUUAUAACACUCCUGGAUCCUGCCGAUGGCAACUUGUCCAUCAUCUUUUAUGACCCGCACACCUCCUGUGAGGCUGGGCUGGGCCGCUGCCACCCCAUCCCAUUGCCCACCUCCGGCUGCCCCUGGCAAUGGGGUACCCUUCCCAGCGCCAGGCACUGUGUGCAGGGGCUGAGCUGCACCAGUAUGGGCAGGUUGCUGAGACACAGAUGUCACCUCCUGCAAUGUCCUGGGAUGCUCGGGGCUGAUGGCAAACACCAGAACUGGCCACUCCAUGUCACCGCAGGGACAGAGUAGGGUUGCACCACACCACAGCAUCCCGCAACCUAGCUGCAGCUCCGUGUGCUCUUUCCAUCCCCAUCUACUGCCUUCAGAGCUGGGAUCCCCAGCUGUAGGAGCUUGGCCGCCCCACAACUACCCCCUCCCCAGAUUUUUGGUGUCCCUCUGGGAACCAACCAUCAGGGCCUCCAAUUGAAAAGCACAACUUCUGUUUAACAUUUUCUCUGCUCAGUGAUGAAACAAAGAUGGAUUAGUUCAUUGUGGUUGCUAGCGUGCUAGACUCCUUUUUCCAAACACACAAUAGAAAUAUUCAUUUACCGCUCCGACGACGGAGACUUUCAUCCUCCUUAUAUAGUAACAACUCUGCUCCAGAGGGUGAUUUUCAUUUGUUACUGAUACACUCCUCCGUCCCUGCCCACAGAAUGUGGGCUGUAGUUUAUCCAUGGGUACCCCAAGCUCCUCUGAUUUAUUACCACCUCUUCCAGCCGAUAGCACAUGCAGCCUUCUGCCUCCCCAUUUUUUCCCUUGUUUUGAGAUUUCUCCCUUUCCCCCACCCGUUUGGCCAACACAGUGGUUUAAUGGAGGGCUGUGGGGUGGCAGCAGGGGCCAGGGGACGCCAAGCAGUGCGGGGCCUGUGUCCAUGGAGGGAUGUGCCUCGAAACCCAAAGGUGGUGAAUCCAAAGCGGAUAGAAGGAAGUGGGUUUUUUUUUUUCACUCCCUGCUUAAUUAGGCUGCCACAGGAAAGUGCUCAGGCCAAAAUUUAGUGGGAUUCAAGGAAGGAUUGGACAUCUAUGCGGAUAACAGAAAUAUCCAGCUAUAACAGUGGAUGCCAACACAAAUUCUGGAAGGGAUAUUAAGCCUCACGCGUCAGGGUGUAAACCUAUCCCAAACAAGGCAGCUUAACAUUGGGCAGAUGACCCAUGUAUGCUGCUGCUGCUACAGCUGCCAGCAGGCAGAACCAUGGCCUUGCUCCCUGCUGUGGCAGCACCUUCUGCAGAGGGCAAUGAACCUCUCUGAGCAGUCACCAUUCCCUGUGCUGUGCUAUUGCCCUCACCUUCCAACCUCUCUGCUUGGCUGCAGGUAACAGCCUGAGCCCUGCAACCUGCAGACAGUCGGUGCAGGCAAGGGACUGUGGCAGCCCUCAGGUACAUACAGCCAAGCCCUUUGUUCUCCUCUCAGGUCACCUGUUGGCCAAAUCCACCUAAUUUCAUCCUUCUUGUCACAUCCCUGCUUCUGCAGUUGCCCAGCUUCUAGAAAGAACUGCUCACCUCUGGCAUCUGCAGGUGCUGCAGAUGGCAUGGCCCCAUGCUCACAUUGGCACCACCAAGCUGAGCCUUGGAGCCAUUGUGGACAUACAGGGCACUGUGCCACUGGGAACCUCUGCACUGCCUGCCCUUGGCCAAGGAGACAGCCCUCACCCACAGCCUUCACUAGAGGCUUGGAGAAGCGGGAAUCCACUCCAUGAGCUGGGCGUGAGCACCUCCACACCCACCAGGGAAGCACUGGUUGUCAAUCUGGUGCCCAUCUCACUCCACACAAUGGGAUGCUUGGAAACCUUGCCAGGAUGCAGCACAACAGAGGGGUGUCUGGAGCUCUCCCCCUGGUUGGGAGCCAGGGGUGCCCAGCACCAUGCCAAGGGCAACCCCACCAGGGUCCCUUGGAUCUUCCCUUGCCACUAAGCCCUGCACCCACAGGGGCUUCCAACUGGAGACAUUUCUGGAGGGCAUGAAUCAGCUUUUCACAGCUUGUUAAAAAUCUUGAUCCUACCUCUUGUUUUCAUGCCUUUCAAAUCAGGAAAUGAGUUUUACAACUUUUCCAGUGGGGCACAGCUGGUGGCCAGGGUCGUAAAGCUGAACUUUAUAAAUAUCUCUUGUUGGGAUCAGGGGAAGAGCAUUAAAAAGGCAGAGAGAAAGAGAGAGAAAGAGAGAGAGAAGGGAAAGAAGCUAAGGAAAGAGAGAAGAAAAGCCACUCGGCAGGACUGCUAAGAGCCCAGCUCAACGAUGGCCAUGGCCCUGAGAGCGCAGAAGACGGCAUGCACCUGGGGCAGGCUCUGCCUCCUUCUCUCCCUCUUCCUUCAGCUGCCAGGCUCCCAGGCCAAAUGCUACUUCCAGGCUAAAGCUCCCUGCGAGUACGAGGGGAAGCAGUUCUCCCUUGGUGAGUCGUGGCUGAGCACCAACUGCCUGCUGUGCACCUGCCUGCACCCCAUUGGCGUCGGAUGUUGCGAGACCACCCAGCACCCCAUUGACUUCCCCGACUGGUGCGAGGCCCACUAUGACACGCAGACCUGCCAGAUCUCAGUGGUGCAGAAGGCCAACCCCAGCCUGCCAUGUGUGAAGAGCAUGGAGCACGAGUGGGGCUCAGCCGGCACCCCUGAGCCACUGAACAAGGUGCUGGAUGCAGGGCUUAGCAGAUAGAGUGCACGGCCUUGCUGUCAGCCCCACUCCUCCAGAGCACACCUCUUGCAUGCUCCAGACCUGCCCCAUCCUGUAGACAUCACUGCAGCCACCUUCCAGGGAAACCACUAUCCAUGCACUAUUGUACUGAGCUAACAUUUACACCCUAGCGCUGCCACAGUACAGCUUUGCUUUUGCUUUCAGCUUCCUGAACUCAGCUGGGGCCCCUUCCCCAGCAUGGCAUUGCUCUCAAGAUGAGCAGUGGGGUGGGCCAGGCACACAAGCCCCCAGCAGGACCAUCAUGCCCUGAGCUGUGAUUUUUGGGGGGAAUGGAGAUCCCAAGGGAUGUCCACCAAGAUGCACAAGGAAUUUUCAGCUCCUAAAGGACCACAGGACCAAAUUACACCACAUCCAGCUGCAAGCUAAGCAGCUCCCACCAAAACCCCAGUUCCCUUGCCUGCAGCCACUGGCAUCUCAGUGGGAAGCAUAGCAGUCCUGAAGCAUAACGUGCUUUGGCCAGUCCCUUCUCUGCCCAAGUGCAAGAAGCGUAACCUGCUUCUUGAACCACUAAUGUCCAUGCUCCCACAGCUCCUGUGACCAGAACUCUGUGUGCCAGCCCUGGGUAGGCAGAACACUGGGCAUAUGGGGAAAACAGCUGACCCCAGGAGGAGCCUGACCCCCUGUGCAGGCUGCCCCACUCCAGCUGCAGGAAGCUGGGUGCCCCGCUGGUAUUCAGAGAGCUGAAGCAACCUGUCUGUGCGAGUGUGGAGCUGGCUGCCCCGACAGCCUGCCCCAGCUGGUGCCAUGCCUGUGCUGUACAGAGCCUUGUGUAGAUGUUUCUGUUCUUGCAAUAAAGGUAUUAAAC